UCUGAAUGUAAUAAAAGCGUAAUUAAUUAGCCAGGUGUAAUCAGAAUGCGUGUGUGCACCUGUGUCACUCUACUGCUGCUGCUGACAGCCUGGGUGGAGGCGGAGGACAAGUGUGACAGGAAGAAGAAGGAACUGGAUAAAUGCUUAGCUAAGAUGGCUCCCUUCAUGCCUCGUGUGGGCCUGCCGUACACUCCCACCGACCUGGCUAACAUGUGCAAAGCGUUCAAGGGCGGCAUGGAGUGUGUUGACAAGUACACCGCUGCCUGCCUGACGGAGGACAAACAAACCGAUCUACAACAGACGUUACAAGGGGCGCGGUCCUUCCUCGCCUUCCUCUGCGACGACCCCGUGUUCCAGAAAGAAUACCUGUCUCACGGGAACUGCCUGCGAGAUGUGAGUGAUGACUGGAGCAAGUGUCAACACCACUACAAGGGUCUGGUGUGGCUGCAACAUCGCAUUCCCAACAUCACAGAGGCGACAAGAGACCAUAACAUUUGCUGCAUUAGAGAGGAACUGCUAACCUGCGUGUACAGAUACAGUGUGUUCCGGUGCAGAAGACACGAGGCGCUGUUUGUCAAGAAGGUCACGGCCACACUGUCCUAUAGCGACCUACAGGAAGAGAAGUGCAAGAAUGUUAGCAGAGUCACGUGUGGUUCCUCUAGCCUCAGUCCCGCCUCGUUCCUGUGGCUGUCUCUGUGUGUGUGUUUGAUGUAUCUAGUGAAGGCUCUCGGGUUUACUGGGAGUUGAAAGUGUAUGUGUGUGUGUUUGGGUGUUUGGGUGGUGAAUUGGUGUGUGUGUGUGUGUGUGUGUGUGUGUGUG